AUGGCCCCCGGAAACAUUUCGAAGAAAUCACGACAGCCCCAUGCCGCGAAUGUGCGGGCGAAGACUUUGGAGAAAGUCGCGCAAAUGGCACAACAGGAAGGUGAGGAACACAAGAAAAAGAUCGAAGAAUAUGAGAAGCUUUUGCAGCAGAGAGAUGAGGAAUUAGAGGCUUUGACAAAGGACCAACUGAGAGAGAUUGGAUUCGACGAGAUGGAAAUCGACACCGAUAUAGAUGAGAAGGGGCACGGAGGAGAAAAUG